CUCCUGUUCUUGUGACGCUGUCACUUUGCGCUUCGUGGAUGAUCCUGAUCUGCUGCUGCUGUCUCUUGCUCUUGCUGCGACUCUCGCGGCACCUCUCGACGCACCCUGGAAGCGGCCCACUUGGACAUCACGGCCAUCCUUGCACUGCCAAAGCUUCUCGCGCUCGCUGCUCUCGCUCUCCGCUCUUUCAUGGCCGAAUGUGUCCUGGCGCCAUGUUUCAUCGAUCCGCUCUUGCACAGAAGGUGCUGCACCUGGUACGAUGGCGUUUGCGCGUAUGGGUCCUCUUCGAGAGCCCCCGUGAAUGCUGUGCUCCAGCGUGUUGCACCGACGAGAGUAUUGGACGAUCCUAACCCUAAGUUAUUGUUAGUCGGUAUCGCUUUCGGACUGGGCCUUUGGGGUCAUGUCUGAUGGCACAUUGGGACACGACUGCCUCAGAUUGGAACGCAUUCGCUUGUACUGUCUGCGUUUCAAGAGGAGGCUUUGCCGCCAAGGAUCUCUCGUUGGAGGGAGAGUGCGGUCGUGGAGCGUCCGGCGUGAUGCCGAGCGCACUGCAACAUGGCUGGAGGAGCAUGGGAGGCCUGACAUGGCAGACGACGAGGAUGCAGCGAGUACCUAGCAUCUUCUGCAUGCUUGGCGCACCAGGAUCGUCGCUGCCUUGGUCCCGUCUUCUUGCAAAGUCACCUCUUCGCGGGGCUUCCCAUGUGAGGACGACAGCCUUGCUCGGUUAAACUUCUAGGCAAGUUCUGGCUUUGUCAUGCCUGCCCGUCGGAGCUUGACCGCUUUCUCUCGAUGAGAGACCCGCCGACCGGCGCAAUUUGCGAGUGCUGCCUGCUCAGCUGCUCACCGUGCGAUUUGCGCCCAAACCUUAUAUCGUAAGCCUAUCUUAAGAUCCUUGCUUGGAAGAGCGAUGCUUUGCAUUGGAACACCUUCAUCAGCACCUGCUCCUUUCGGCUCGUUGGAAGGCGCACGAUCGGGCUUUGGAGCAGAAGCUACCAACGGUCGUCGCCUUGGUCAGUAUCGUUUCUGUGGGAGCGCUUUCUAUUCUCGAAGAACCGUGCAGCUGCUCAGUCCGACACUUCGCACGUCGGAGGACGGAAGGACAGUAGAGCCUCGAGCCGUUUGGUUCCGCCAAGCGGCCUCUAAAACAAAGCACCCAUCAAAAAAGAGUUCCGGUGCGGCAUGAAGCUAUGUUCGAGCUGCGUUCGGGAACGUGCGAUCAAGGGUAAGUGAUGGCAGUGCUCGAUGGCAAGGGAACGUCAAGAGAGACAAUGAGCCGAGGGGACCAACAGCAGCGGCGCAGAGGACACGGCGCAGAUGUGUAGUUAGGUUUGCACGAGGCAGGUAGGUCGGGACGUUCACGGGCAAGCUCAGCGGUGCUUCCACGGCUCGGACAGGAAUCGUGCUUGAGCAGCCUUGCCGCCUUUGGGAGCCGUGCAACACGGGCAUGCGAGAGGUGGCUGACAAACGUCACCACCCUUUCAUGGUGCUUGGUUAGGGCCUGGUGCCCGCUUUGCUCGCAAGAUUUCCUGCCGUGGAUGUUGGGGACCGCGGGCCUUGCGCAGAGCGGCUAGACGGGGGCCACUUCCACAUAUGCAUCCACAUCGCAUUCGACUUUUUCUACUUCCUUAAAGUACCGGCCCGACCUACGCUUGCCGAGGAUGGGCUCGGCCACACAGCAGCAAUGCUAUCAUGAUAUGACUGCUUGCGACCCUUCUUAGGAUGGCGAGUGCCUCAUGAGCACACAUCCCAGAGAGUGUCUGUUGAGAUGACUACUGACACGAGGAGCUCGAUCCUGCUGAGAUUGCCAUCAGCGUAUCGAGCCGGCAUUGCCGGACUUGCCGUCACUGUGCAGGCUUCGGCUAUGGCGCUCGGCGCAGAGACUGUGGACCAUCUCAGCAUCCAUGGUGACAAGCAGAGUUUCGACUGUGAAUACGUUUGCACAGGUAUUGUCUUUGUGCAAAUGCAAGGACCGCGUGGUGCUCAAGGAAGCUGCAUGCUCAGUUUCAAAGGCAGCAUGAAUCGACGCCACUCUGGGUGGGGUCGUUCGUAUUUGGGAUUCUUAAUUGAUGACUCAAGAGUCAUGCUUCGGAGCCAGCAGGUGAUGCGCGACCGAAAAUUGUUGGCUCGAGUCAGGCGCGAGCAUCUCGCAAAAGGAGUUGCACCAGCAGAAGAGGCGAUUUGUUGAGUCCGCCGGGUCGGACGCGGCACAAAAACAAUCUUCCGAUGCCCGCACUCACAUCAUACAGCAGGCGUCACAGGCCAGGAAAGCACAUCUGAUGAGUUGUGGAUCAUUGAGGGCACUCACACUGUCUGGCUCAGAGUUGACCAGAAGGAGCUGCAAUGCAGGUUUCGCCGUUUGGCGUUCGACGCUAAGGACUCAGCCGCAACGCCAUUCGUGAUUCUGA